UAGUAUAUUAUAUACCAUAACGCAGAUUGGUAUUCACUAGCAGGUAACAUUUAAAACAGCAUAACAAAAAUAAAAACCAGUUGCUGCUGCCUAUAGCCUCCGGUAGGCGUAGUACAUUGCAUUUUUACAAGGUGAUCUUGUGUCGAAGUCCAAUUAUAUUCAAGUAAAAACUUUGUUAAACAAUGCACGGUAUGAAUUUAUCGAUUGUAUCGUGCUGUUUAUUGCUCCUUGGUUGGAAACAAUGCGCAGGUGCUACUAACGGGGAUGAUGUAAGUCAUAACUCGACCUCAAAUGGGAAUGAUCAAGGUUUUGGAGAUUGCGAGUGCGUGCCAUAUUUUAAGUGCAACGGUCCCACGCGGAACACAGGGUGCGAUGAUUUUUUAUCCGUUUGCUGUGAAUCCAAGACCCAGUUUCAAGAUGAAAUCAUUCCAAAAAAACAUGAUCGCGGAUGCGGAAGGAGAAAUCCCAAUGGACUAGGGUUCUCUUCAAACGGUGACGCAGACCACGCACAAUUUGGAGAAUUUCCUUGGAUGAUGGCACUACUGGGCAGAGAGACAACGGAAGGUAAUCUCAAUGAGUCGUGGAGCUAUCAAUGCGGAGCUUCUCUUAUACACCGCCAAGUUGUGUUAACUGCUGCGCAUUGCAUCUCUGGGAAAUACAUGAUGUAUAAAAUACGUGCUGGAGAAUGGGACACUAGAACCGAAAAUGAAUUCUAUCCACGUCAAGAAAGGACCGUGAAAACUGCCAUAUUACAUCCGGAGUACAGUAGUAGAUCAUUAACUCACGACUUCGCGCUUUUAAUUUUAGAGUCGCCGGUAAAAAUACAAAAUAACAUUGAUGUUGUUUGUUUACCAGCUAAAGAAGAAAUUAUUGAUAAUAUUACUUGUUACGCAACUGGUUGGGGAAGGGAUAACUUUGGGAAAGAAGGAGACUACGAUGUACUUUUAAAAAAAUUGGAAGCUCCAAUUCUGGACGGGACUACCUGUGAGUCGUGUCUUAGACAUUCUCGUUUAGGCAGCCGUUUCAAGUUGCACGAAUCAUUUCUUUGCACUGGUGGCCAACCAGACAUAGACAUAUGCAAAGCGGAUGGUGGCAGUCCUCUAGUGUGUCCAAUAAAAGGGAAAUUAAAUAAAUACUAUCAAGCCGGAAUUAUCUCUUGGGCUUUAAACUGUGUGGGAGUACCCGGAGUGUACGCUAAUGUCAUAAAGGCGCUUGAUUGGAUUGAUAAAACUAUGACCGACAAUGGAUUCGAAACUUCCUCAUACAAAUAUUAAGUUUGAAGGCAUUUUUUUUAUUUGAGUAAAGCUUUA